GCCUGAGAAAUGUUGGCUGCUGGCUGUUUUGUGGUGCUGGCAGCGCUCCUUUUGCAUCGUGGCACGUGUGCAACGAUACGUAUGGGCGAAAUUACACAAUAAUACGCGAUGUCUUGGGGAUCUCUGUGUUUCUGUGGGUGUCUGGGUGGCUGUGUGAUGCAGGCGCCCGGCUGAGUGUGCGUCAGCGCCGUGCAGUCAGCAUGCCGGUGGCCGAGGCCAUGAUGCACGUCCAACACAUCCUCCCCACAGACGUGCAGCAGCUGUUCCUACACGACAACCGCAAGUUGAACCACCAUGGUGAGAGGACCCUGGCUGUGAUUGACCAGAUGAACGGCUUGGCACGGAAUAUCCAGGAAGAACUCGAUGCGACAAAGCUGCAGUGCGAUCAGUCACUGCUGGUGCUGGACGAUGCUGUGCGUCAGCUCGGUGAGGACCAGGGUCGGCUGGAGACCGACCUGGGCUACGAACAGAGCGGCCUCACCGAGUGGGAGUCGCGGAAAGACAGCGCCGCAACGGUGUUGUCAAAGACCUUGGUAUGUAGGUCGAUGUGUGGGCAAGCGGGUGGGUGCACAUGUGCACACAGGCGAGCAUGAUCCAUCCAUCACGCCUUGUGGAUGUCUUCUGCUUCCGCACUCAGAGUCAGUUGGAUGAGCACAAUGCCUUCUGCCAGCAUGAGGCCAGCGGCAUCCGCGCCAAGCUCGCCAGUGCAAACAGCGAUUUUCGUGUCAGCCAAAGCGUCAUCGGCCACACCAACUGCAGACAUAACAACAGCGGCAAUAAUAAUACAGCCACAGCCAAUGCUGUCCUGCUCGAAGCUUACAUGGACAGCUGCCUCAGUGGAACACACAACCAGCCGUCCCACCAUGUGCUAUCUGGUCUAUCUGAGGGCCGGGAACGGCAGCUGUGGACUUCACUGAUGCAAGCCGCCGCACACAGGCCUCGUGGUGAGGCCACCACGCCGAUGCGCGAUGAGAGCAUCCCGACCAGCAAGUGCAGCGUGGGCGGGUCUGCGCUGUGUCCCGUGCUGUUGAACUCUUUUGCCGUCCUCAUCGGCGAGACAUACAGGGACAUCAGACGGCUGAAUAGGCACGCACACAAGAAAAAAGAUAGGGAGGGAGGGAGGGAGGGCUGUAUACAAAGAGCACCCGUCAUCUCUCUCUCGCUGCGUGUGGCUGCCCUUGUGCGUCGCGCUCAGGCGUCUGGAGCAGUUGUCGUCAGAGUGUGACUCUGGCCGUCAGCGGUUCAAUCAAAACAUAGCGGGGCUGCAGCGCGCCAUCGACACGGCCAACGCACAAGUCGCAUCUCACGAUGCACGCAUAGAACGGCUUAGGACUGACCUGCGGCUGGCAAGACGGUAACCAUAGAUAGAAUGAACGACGCAUCUACAUCUACACAUACACACACUCAUUGUUGUAGUACGGCCACACAGAAGGCGGCGGAGCGUGCAGAGAAGGCCGAGGAGUGCCGGGAGGCGCAAGAGAAAGGUGUCUAUCUACUCAGAGAGGGGAAGGUGCUAAUAUUCCUGCGUAUGUGUCUCUUCUCUCCACCUCUUUGUUUCUCUCCUGGUGAGUGCAGCCGAGACGAGCAUGUGUGGCAUGAUCAAGAUCCGAGGCGAGAUAGCAAUCAUGGCCAACACUACCGAACUCAUUCAAGUGACUGACUCAAUCGGAUCCAUGACAUACAUGGCAUCUCUAUGUUGGCCUCUGUGACUCUGUCUGUCUGUCUAUAUUCAUCUUGUGGGCUGGGCUGCAUCGUAUCAAUCAAUCAGGAUUGUGAGGUCAGCAAUUGGCAGUACGGUGAGUGUAGUGCAUCGUGCGGCGACCACGGGGGCCUCCAGAACAUCACACGCAGUGUCGUGUCUGAGGCGACACCAAAACUCGGCACGCCCUGCCCCCCACUUAAUGCUGUCAUGGUGUCGUAACUUGCGACACACGUAUGUAUGCGUAGGGCGCAUUUUGUCUUGAUGUCUCCGUGUGUUUGUCAGGUGUGCAGCCGUCGUCCAUGUCCCGUCGACUGCCAAAUGGAUGGAUGGUCGGAGUGGACACGAUGUUCUGCUGACUGCGGAUACGGCACCAAAUACUCGUAUACUCACGCACGCACGCACACACACGACGUUGUCCCACAGACAUGUAAAUGACGCUGGCUGUCUGUGUCAGGUACCGGAACGUGUUGGUUGAGGCGCGUCAUGGCGGCGCGGCGUGUGGAGCCCGCCAGCAGAGCACAGUGUGUGAGCGGCAGCCAUGAGACACGGACUGCACCCUCACACAGUGGACAGAAUACGGUCCAUGCGACAGGGUGAGUGGGCUGAAUGAAUGAAUGAGUACUUAGCCAUGAUGGAUGAUACACAUGUGCGAAUGGAUGCACAUCACAUCACAUGCAUACGAUACGAUACGUAUAGGCGUGUGGUGGUGGCGUCCGAUCACGUCGGCGGGAUGUGUUGGUUGAGGCCAAGGGCCGAGGCACAUGCCCUGGCAAAGACAGCACUCACAGGUAAGUAGGUGUGCGCAGAGACACAAUCGAUUGAUGGAGAGAGACCACCCAGCAUGCGUGUACUUACGUGUUGGCUGACUGCGACAGGUAUGAGGAGAUCCCCUGCAACGCACACCCGUGUCCGCCGCACCCCGUGUGCCAGUCGAAGGCGGACAUCGUCCUGGUCCUCGAUGGAUCGGGGUGACAAACUAGCCUCGCACACACACACACAGACACACACACACGCGGAAUGAACAUCAUUCUAUGUCUUUUUCUCCCAGGACGGUGCUGCUAGAGCAUUUCGACAGCAUCAAGGACUUGGCCAAGUCACUCGUCCGCCAGACCGCACUCAAUGCCACAGCAGGCCACGCACAGGUGGGUGUGGUGGUGUUCUCCCACGAGGCAACCGUCGCCAGCCGCCUUACGGACGACCGAACCAGUCUCAUCGGAGCCAUCGACCACACCCAAUGGGCGGGCAGGGAGGCAGCCACAGCCGAUGCGCUGAUCAAGGCAGAACAAGUGCUGCAAAACGGCGUGAGUGAGCCAAGAGAAUUAGGAGAGAGCACGAUUGUUCAUCUGAGACACACGAGUAUCACGUAGGGGAGAGAAGACGCUUCUUGGCUGGUGGUGCUGCUGACGGACGGGCUCCCCAGCGGCCGCAUUCCCGAAACACCUGCUGAGAGCGGUGCUGCUGAUGGGGCGGGUGCGAGUGGGUAUAUGCAGCUGUACCAGAUGGAUGGCGUCGCAGAGAGACUCAGGUGGAUGGAUGGGCGAAUGAAAUGAAUGAAGGGAUGGACGGACACAGAGAGAGUGUGUGUGUGAAUGCAGGCGGAGCGCGUUGGUGAAGACCGUGUACAUCGGGACAGAUGCGGAUGUGGCGGACGAAUAUCGCCGGUGGUCCCACGCACUCAUCAAUGUGCAGACGUUCGAACACCUCAUAC